AAAACACAAAACAAAAAAUAAAUAAAAUUUGGGAAGAAGAAGAGAGAAAGAGGAGAGAUCGGAAGAGAAGAAGAAGAAGAUGUCGAGUAGCGAUCCACCUGUUCGUGUUUACGCUGAUGGAAUCUACGAUCUCUUCCACUUCGGUCAUGCUCGCUCUCUCGAACAAGCCAAGAAAUCGUUCCCAAACACGUAUCUUCUGGUUGGAUGCUGCAGCGAUGAAGUUACACAUAGAUAUAAAGGCAAAACUGUCAUGACCGAAUCCGAACGAUAUGAAUCUCUUCGCCAUUGCAAGUGGGUUGACGAAGUCAUUCCUGAUGCACCAUGGGUUAUCUCACAGGAGUUCCUUGAUAAGCAUAAUAUCGACUAUGUUGCUCACGAUUCUCUCCCUUAUGCUGAUACGAGUGGAGCUGGAAAAGAUGUAUAUGAAUUCGUUAAAAAGGUUGGAAAGUUUAAGGAGACGCAACGUACUGAUGGGAUUUCUACCUCAGAUAUUAUUAUGAGGAUUCUUAAAGAUUAUAACCAAUAUGUGAUGCGUAACCUGGAUCGUGGGUAUUCAAGGAAAGAACUUAAUGUCAGCUAUGUGAAGGAAAAGCGUCUUAGAGUCAACAUGGGUUUGAGGAAAUUACGUGACAAAGCCAAGGAACACCAAGAAAAAGUGGGAGAGAGGAUACAAACAGUCGCAAAAACUGCUGAACUGCAUCGUAACGAGUGGGUGGAGAAUGCAGAUCGUUGGAUUGUUGGUUUUCUGGGGAUGUUCGAGGAAGGUUGUCACAAAAUGGGAACAGCCAUCAGGGAUAGAAUUCAAGAACGGUUGACGGGACAGCAGCAAUUGCGACUUAAGAAUGGUGAUCCUGAGAAUGGAGAAGAAGAAUACUAUGACGAAGACGAAGAAUACUACUACUACGAGGAUGAUGGCGAUGAUGAUGAUUUUGAAGAAGAAGAAGAAGAAGAAGAAGAGGAGGAGAAAGGGAAAGGGGAAAAGUAAGUGGUGAAGGCCCAGAAUCUGUUUCUCAGGAUACUGUUAAGUGUGAUCUAGUAUGUCGAUUUGGAGAUGUUUAAGAACAAAGUAGUCAGUUUUGCAGUCCUGUAACAUGAAGUUGCAGACCCUUUAUAAAUAUACACCAUGUAAUGUUUUUCUCUUUUUUGUUCCUUUGUUUAAGUGGCAAAUCUAGUUGUUUUAACUGUGUGGUGGUGGUUAAGACAACCAAGUCUGUACAAGAAAUGUUCAAUUCUUUUUUUCUUUCUUCCUUC